AUGUCUGCUGAAACGACUCCUUUGUUGUUUGAAGUGAAUCGAAUUAUCGAUUCCAUUAGACCAGUGCUAAAUGAAUUUUCAAACGGGAGCGCAAAUCGAUUAAGUUUCACUUUAUCCCAUUUUGGUAAGAAACCCUAUGUCAUAGGUCAUCGUGGCGCAAGUGACACUUAUCCCGAGAAUACGAUUCUUGCAUUUGAAAAAGCGAUUGAUGACGGUGCAGAUGCUAUCGAAUUUGAUAUUCGAAAAACACUGGAUGAUAAAGUUGUUGUCUUGCAUGAUUCACGUCUUGAAAGAACAACUACAGGGAUUGGAAAAAUUGCUAAGGCCAAUUAUCACAGCGAUUUAGAACACGUCACUACAAAGCGAGCACCGCAUUGUCGUCUUCCACUUUUCGAUGAUGUGGUUGAUAUGUUGUUAAAAGAACAACAUAGACAAGUGUGGGGUGUAAUCGAUAUCAAACCGGGUAACCCGCUAAAUAUUUUCGAAUUACUUGCUGAAAUUCUACGUACACGGAAUUCCGAUCUUGGGGUAUUCUCAAAGCGUAUUAUGCUCGGCAUCUGGCAUCCAAAAUUUUUGCCAUAUGCACGAAAGGCUUUACCGGACAUUCCGAUCGUGAAUAUCAGCGAAUCACUUACAAUCUCGCGCGAAUUUUUCAGCGAUGUCGAUGGAUACAGUAUGUCGGCAUGCACUCUCGCCGGCAAAGACGGACAAAGUUUCUUGAAAGAUGUACAUGACGCUGGGAAACCGGUGUUCGUGUGGACUAUUAAUGCUAAAUCAUACGCGAAAGACUGUUACGAUUGGGGUGUUGAUGCUAUCAUAACCGAUAAACCGAAAUAUUUUAUCGAAUAUUUUCAGGGUAAUGAAUUGAUGUCUACAAACAAUUAUUGGUGGUUCUCGUCCUUCUUUCGUUUCCUUCGGAUUUUAUAUUAUAAGUUAGAUUCGCGUAUUACGGAUUAUAAGACACGCAGGUGGCUUCUUAAAUAUGGACCUUUGGAAAAGACAGAAAAUAAAAUAGACGGAUAA